AAUUCGGUUUCUACGUUUAUUACAGCUCCUCUCUCUUCGCUGCCUUUAAACCUAUUUCACUAAACAAACAUUAUGUCUCAACCUUCAGAGAAGCUCCUCCUAGGGGCCCAGAUGACCCAGAAGUUCUUGGGCGAAGAAAUGUUGGAGCGAAUCCAGGAAACAUCACGCAAUGACCUCCCUGCCCAGAUCGGUUCCGAGUACAUCGCGGAGGUGUGCUUCUCAAGCUACGCCCGACCAGAACUCCAGUUUAGAGAGAGGUCGUUGAUGAAUAUCGCCAUGAUGAUUGCGCUCAACCGUGGGCCGGAGUUGCGAAUCCAUAUCGAGGCGGGACUGCGGAAUGGCUUGACUCAGGAGCAGAUCUGUGAAGCUUGUAGGCAUGCCAUGAUUUACUGUGGAGUGCCAGCUGGACGAGAUGCUUUGGCCGCUGCUAGCGACAUAUUUGCAGCGGUGGAGGCGAGAACAAAGAAAGGAAAUUCUGCGAAACUCGCCUAA